AUGAAAUUCGCCGCCUUCGCCUUCGCGGCGUCGCUGGUCGCUGCCGCGCCCCGGGUCGUCCAGGUGCACCCCUCCGACAUCCGGCCCCGCCGCCUCGGAGGAUCCAGGUUCAAGCUGCCCCAGAUUCACAAUGACCUGUUCCGCCAGCACGGCAGAGGGCCCAGGGCUCUCGCCAAGGCCUACGAGAAGUACGACAUCGAGCUGCCUACCGACCUGAUCGAGGUCGUGCAGAAGAUCCUCGGUGAGCUCGGCAUCAAGCCGUCUCCCAAGAAGGUCACCGGCUUCCGGCCCCAUGGCAACGGCGGGGCGCCGUACACCAACGAGACGGAUGACCAAGGCGAGGUCUCCGCCACCCCCCAGCUCUUCGACGUCGAGUAUCUGGCUCCCGUCGAGAUCGGCACGCCGCCGCAGACGCUGAUGCUCAACUUCGACACGGGCUCGUCGGACCUGUGGGUGUUCAGCUCCGAGACCCCCAGCAACCAGCAGGGCGGACAGAAGUUGUACGAGAUCGAGAAGAGCAGCACGGCCACCAAGCUCGACAACCACACGUGGUCGAUCCACUACGGCGACGGCAGCCGCUCCUCGGGUAACGUCUACCUCGACACCGUCAGUGUCGGCGGCGUCAACGUCUUCCAGCAGGCCGUCGAGUCGGCCACCUUUGUGUCGUCGUCCUUUGUCAGCGACGCCGCCUCCUCGGGCCUGCUCGGCCUCGCCUUCGACUCCAUCAACACCGUCGCCCCCAAGAAGCAAAAGACCUACAUCUCCAACGCGCUGGAAUCGCUCGAGAUGGGCCUGUUCACCGCCAACCAGAAGAAGGCCGAAGCGGGCAGACUACAACAUAGGGCUUCAUCGGCGGGCUCGGAGUUCAUCGGGCCCCUCUCCUUUAUCGACGCCGGCAACUCCAGCGCCAACAACACGGCCGCCUCCAUGUUCGUGCCCAUCUCGCACACCGCCUAUCGCCGACUACGGGCACGACCCUCGUCAUGCUCCCCGCGGCCAUCACCCAGGCCUACAUACUUCCAGGUCAGCGGCGCGCGCACGGCGGCCGAGGUCGGCGGGUGGGUGUUCCCCUGCGACGCGACGCUGCCCGACCUGACGCUGCAUAUCGGCGCGUAUAAGGCGGUGAUCCCGGGCGAGUUGAUGUUGUUCGCGCCGGUGGACACGGAUGAGUUGGAGACGGCGACGGUGUGCUAUGGGGGCAUUCAGAGUGCCAGUGGGAUGCCGUUUGCGAUUUAUGGGGAUGUGUUUUUUAAGGCGCAGUUUACGGUGUUUGAUGUGGAGGAGGGCAGGUUGGGGUUCGCGCCGAAGCCGGAGCUUUGA